ACGUCCAUCACCAUGAAGAUUUCUAUGAUCACUGCGGCCCUGGGUCUGGCCAUCACCACGCAGGCGCUGCCCGCGCCCGGCACUGGCGUCGCAAAACGGAGUCUUAUGCAUGCCGUCGAGGACGUUCAAGCUGCCAGCGCGCACGCACUGGCGAAAAAUAGCCUCGUCGACGCUUUAUUUGAUGGGGGGGAGGACGCUGCCGCCGUUGAAGGAGAUGAUGCUGCUGCUGAGGGCGAGCAAGCUGCGGCUGAGAAGAAGAAAGGAGGAAAGGGUAAAGGCGAUAAGAAAGCAGCGGAUAAGGCUGCAGAAGAAGAGGCUGCUGCUGCUGCGGAUGAAGUCCAGCUAGAAGGCGAAUUCGAUGUCGCUAUCGAGCUCGAAGGCGGAGACGUCAAACAAGAUGUACUAUUCACCAAGAGCACCGUCGGAUCGCUGGAAGUCGAAUUCCAAAGCGCCGAAGCCGAUACCCUCACAGUGACCCAGAAAGAGCCCGGCGGUGUAGCCCCCACCGGCUUCGACUUCGUCGAGCAGAUGGCGUUCGAAAUCGCGCUCGCCAUCAGUGAAGGCCAAGGGCUUUCACUAUCUAAGGUCGAUUUUGUCUUCGACGCUGCGAGCCCCGAGCUGGAAGGAAUCGACGUCACCCAGGCGGUGGUCGGCAAGCUCUGCGCUGAGACUGGAGCAUUCGUGGUCGCGGAAUCGCUUGGUGCGCUCGAAUUUGAGGCAGAGGAGAACGAGAUCUCGUUGGAUUUGAACGCGGAUGUUACUGCGCAGGGAGAAUUCGCGUUCUUCGUUCCCGUCGAUGCCGCUGCCGCCGAAGAGGUUGUCGAAGACCCUGCUGCCGCCGAGGGCGAAGUUGUCGAAGAUCCUGCUGCUGCCGAGGAUCCUGCUGCCGCUGCCGCCGAGGAAGUAGUUGAAGAUCCUCACGCCGCCGCGGCUGAAGAGGUUGUCGCAGAUCCCCAUGCUGCCGCGGCUGAGGAAGUCGUUGUUGAAGAUCCCCACGCUGCUGCUGCCGAGGAAGCCGUUGUUGAAGAUCCUCACGCUGCCGCGGCCGAAGAGGUUGUCGCAGAUCCCCAUGCUGCUGCGGCUGAAGAAGCUGUUGUUGAAGAUCCCCACGCCGCUGCCGCAGAAGAUGCAAAACUUGCCCCUCACGAGCAAAAGGCGGCCGACGAGGCUGCAGCUGCUGAAGAUGCCGCCCACCCUCCUCCACCUGAGGCCGCUGCUGCAGCUGAAGAGGAGGUCAAGGCAAAGGCCGCCGGCAAGGGACACCGCCGUGUCAAGCGCGUUGCUUACAUGUCCUAA